GUUCGCAAAAAUCCCACGAAGUGACGUCAAUGCAUGCAAAGUCAUAUAAAAACGUGACGAUGCCGGACAAAUAGCCAAGUUACGAGGCAAACCGUCAAUGAGAGAGAUGUGGAAUAGCAGCAAAAAUCAAUUGGCAUUGGCAAUCGCUUUGCUUUCACUUCUGGCCGUACUGAAGGAAACGCAGGCGCGACACAGCCUGUUCGACUGCAACGUGAAGUACAAGUGCUCGGCAGAGAAGGAUUACAUCUGGGCAACCGACGAGGAGCGUUGUCAUGUUAUCCAUAACCGGUGCCUGCUAGAGGUCGAGCAAUGUGCGCGCCGUGAUCAGGGCAAGGCGGAGCUGGUGGAAACGGAUCGAGAGACUUGCAAAAAGACCUGUGAGAGGCCGUGCGAGAGGAACUUUGAGCCCGUCUGUGCUCAGUUCUUCCAGGAGGAGUACAUAACCUUCAGCAAUGAGUGCGAGAUGCGCAACUAUAUAUGCACUAACGAAAGGGCCUACUCGUUCUACAAUCUUGGGAAAUGUAUGAGGUUUCCUCCAUCGCAAAAUAGGGAAUAG